AUGGGAGGAAAUAUGUGUAUCCUUCAUAGAAAGAAAUAUGAUGAAAACUAUAGUACGCAUAUUCCCAAAUCUUCAAACAGAAAAGCGUAUACAGAACAACCAAAACCGAGAAUAAAGAAAUUAGAUGAAAAAAAAAACGCUAUUACUGAAGAAUUAAAAAAAAAUCAGAAAAAAGAAAUAAAUGAUAAACAAAUUUUAAAAAAUCGUAAAGUUAUAAAUGAUAGUAAUUCUGUGAUUUCCAGUACUAGCACAUCUUCAACAUCAUCAGAAUCAGCAGCAUCAUCAGAAUCAGCAACAUCAUCAGAAUCAGCAACGUCGUCAGUUAAUGUGUUAAUAAGUAAUGCGAUUGAAAAUAAUGUGCGCAAAAUAAAUACAAUAAAUUUUAAAGAUAACGAUGUAAAUGGAAUAAAACAUUCGGGUAGAAGAUCUCGAAGUAUUCCCAACAUUAUAGUUGAUAAUAAUAUAAUUCGAACUAAGAAUACAUCGUUCUUUGGCAUUUUGCGUGCAAAUACUAGUUCAAGUGAUAUGCCAAAACAUACAAUUGAAGAAAAUUUGUAUAAACUAAAAAAAGAAAAAAAAAAUGAAUCACAAGAUACUAUUUUUGAUAAUUUGUUUGCAGAAAUUUAUGAUAUUCAUUCUGAUGGUAAUAUUGUUGCAUUGGAUGGAUCGAUAGCAAACAAUGAGAAAAUAACAUCUACUGAAAAUGACGAAAACUCCAAUCAAGCCAAUAAUAAGGAAAUGGGUUUAAAUAGUGAUGAAAAAAAUAAGGAAAUAGAAAAAAAAAAUAAUAUACGAACCGAGAAAAUUGCAAAAAAUAUCGAACAUUUUAAAACUGGGAGAAAUCCAAAACUCAUGAGCAGUGGAAAAUCACAAAUCAAUAUAAAUGUGUCAAAAUCUUUAGGGAAAUCAGUGUACACAAAUUAUAAAAGAGAAAAUAUGCCCCCAUUACGAUCCAAUUCUAGUUAUUUCAACAAACGUGGGGUGAUAAUAUAUCAUUAA